AUGCCGCCUAAACCAACCAUUGCAACAACUACAGAAACAACAACAACUUUAGACAUUGCAAACUAUCCAGUCGACUCACUCGUUGAUAUCGUGGCAAACUUGCUCGAUUCCAUCAUUGAGACAAACGACAAGCUCAUCAGCAACAACUCAACAACCACAGUGACGCAUUUUCAUUCACGGACAAUACCCAACAUUGCUGUCUAUCCAUAUCUUGCUCGCAUUCUCAAGUUUGCUCCAUUCUCGAAUGAAGUGUUGCUGUGUCUGCUUGUGUAUUUUGAUAGAAUCGCCAAGCUGAAGAAGACGAGAUACGCAGUGAAUUCGUUUACUGUCCAUAGAUUAUUGAUUACAAGCAUUGUCGUAGCAUCCAAGUUUACAUCUGAUGUGUUUUAUCCAAAUUCUAGAUAUGCCAAAGUCGGCGGUAUUCCGUUAUGCGAACUAAAUCAACUAGAGCUAGAGUUUUUGUUCUUAUGCAACUUUGACUUGCAUGUCAAGCUGGAGGACAUGCAGGCCUAUGGAGAUCAGCUAUUAAGACACGCGCUCAUGAACCACAACCAAUGCACGUUGUCGUCAAUUACAUCACUAUCCGUAGCAUCACCACCGUUAUCGCCACCAAAUACUGAUUCGCCUGCUCCAUCACCCACUCUAAAAAGAAAGAGAGAUCACGAUGAUACGGAUGAGGAUCAUGGCGAUAAAGAGCGAAUGAAACGAUCUGAGUGUUUAUUAGAUCAAGCCAUUGUACCAUCCAACAUGUAUAAAAAGUUUCAAAGCAAGAUAAAUCACUAUCAUUUAGAUGCCAUCUUAUCUAACUAUACCCAUGAUUGUUGA